AUGGUGAUGGGGGCUCACCGUUCUUUCGAACCAAUUUGGAAAUGUAGGGGCGAGGGAAGAUCAAAUCAGACUGUGGUUGCAGAUUUAAACGGGACCCUUCUUGUAUCACGUAAUCCUUUCCCGUAUUUCAUGCUUAUUGCUCUUGAAGCCGGGAGCCUUAUACGAGCAUUUGUACUCUUAGCAUCCCUUCCAUUUGUGUAUUUGACCUACUUGUUCAUCUCUGAAUCUGCAGCCAAUAAUGCCUUCAUUUUCAUCUCCUUUGUUGGGUUAAAAAUAAGAAAUAUUGAGCUUGUUUCCAGGUCUGUCUUGCCAAAGCUUUAUGCCAAGGACAUUCAUCCAGAGACCUGGAGAGUUUUCAGCUCCUUUGGCAAUAGAUAUAUUGUUACUGCAACUCCUAGAAUUAUGGUGGAACCAUUUGUCAAGUCAAUUUUAGGCGCUGACAAGGUGAUUGGAACAGAGCUGCAAGUGACAAAAUCAGGCAGGGCAACUGGAUUUACCUUGAACCCUGGAAUUCUGGUAGGGGAACACAAAAGGGCUGCCAUCUUGAAGGAAUUUGGCACACGUUUUCCAGAUUUAGGACUGGGAGACAGAGAAACUGACCAUGAUUUCAUGUCAUUAUGCAAGCAAGGAUACAUGGUGCCAAUAACCAAAUGCAAUACAUUACCAAGAAACAAGCUUCUAAGCCUCAUCUUAUUUCUCGAAGAACACCUAGUCCAAAUACGUACUCUCUUGGCUACCCUCUCCACUUUGUUUUGGCUUCCUAUUGGCUUCAUCUUUUCUCUACUAAGGCUCUACCCCAAUAUUCCACUCAUUAAGCGGAUUGCUCUAUACAUUUGCAAGCUCCUACGAAUCAAACUGGUUGUCAAGGGUAACCUUCCUCUCGCACCUAAGAAAGGCCAAAUUACCGGACUCCUAUUUUUUGUUUCCUACUGUUGUGAUCCAUUUUUGUUUGGAUUAAGUUUGAUUUUUGAGUCAAUUUCACAUUCCAUUCUUUAA